CUCUUUUGCCACGGUGGCUGACUGGCUCGUUUCAGUCAUUGUGUCACGGUGACGCGCUCAAGAGCUGCAGAUUCAUGAACGCGCGCCGUUCUUUUCAAUGGAUGGGAUCAGGAAGAGGGACGCGGAUGAAAGAUCGGUGUAAGGUUUCCCCCCCUCAGUCAUCACUUCUACAAGCAGCAGCCUCACAGAUAGACGGAGCGUCCAGCCUGCAAGAAGAGUCCUAUCCAGAGUUUUUCUCCUAAUUGAAAAGAGGAAGGAGGAAUUUUUUUUUUUUUUCUCGUUGUCCUUGAAGUUGAGCUCGGGUGCAAUCAUGGGGGCCACAGGCUACGGUUACUACCGAGUAACCAUCUUCUUCUGCAUGUUCAUGGGCUACGCGCUGUACUUCUUCAACAGGAAGACCUUCUCCUUCGUGAUGCCCUCUGUGAUGGAAGAGAUCCAACUGGAUAAAGAUGACUUGGGUCUGAUCACCAGCAGCCAGACCAUGGCCUAUGCCAUCAGUAAGUUCAUCAGCGGCGUGCUGUCGGAUCAGAUCAGCGCCCGCUGGCUUUUCUCCAUCGGACUCUUCUUGGUGGGAGGCAUCAACGUCGCCUUCUCCUGGUCCUCCACUGUCCCCAUGUUCUCACUGCUCUGGUUCAUCAACGGCCUGGGACAAGGCUGUGGCUGGCCCCCGUGUGGCAAAGUGCUGCGCAAGUGGUUUGAGCCCUCCCAGUUUGGAACAUGGUGGUCUGUGCUGUCCUGCAGCAUGAACCUGGCUGGAAGUCUGGGUCCAAUCCUGGUCACAGUGCUCCUGCAGUACUACGACUGGAGGACCAUCCUGACCAUGUCAGGCGUUUUCUGUGCUGCCUUCUCCCUUGUCUGUGUGGCGUUUGUAAAGAACGAGCCAAAGGAUGUGGGCCUGCCCAGCAUCGAGGCAGCAGUCAAGAAGGGCGCUAAGGGAGGGACCAGCGAGAGCACCCUGAGGGAGUUCCUCCUCUCUCCGUUCCUGUGGGUGCUGUCUCUGGGCUACCUGGUGGUGUUCGGGGUGAAGACGGCUGCCACUGACUGGGGACAGCUGUUCCUCAUGCAGGAGAAAGGCCAGACUGUUCUCAUGGGCAGCACCUACAUGAGUGCCUUGGAGGUGGGAGGUUUUGUGGGCAGCCUGGCAGCGGGCUUACUCUCUGACAGAGCUGUAGCUCGGCAAGGCCUGAGCACCCACGGCAACCCCCGCCACGGCCUGCUCAUUCUCAUGAUGGCCGGGAUGUAUGUGUCCAUGCACCUCUUCAGAGUCACCAUCACGCCUGAAGUCCCACAGGAGGCUCCUCUUUGGGUCCAAGUCAUUCACCCCGUCUCUGUCCUCAUUGGUGUAUCAGAAAAAGAGAUCUGGAUCCUGUUCCUCGGUGCUAUGUUUGGAUUCUCUUCUUACGGACCUAUUGCCUUGUUUGGGGUGAUCGCCAGUGAAAGUGCUCCUUCAAAUUUUUGUGGAACCUCUCAUGCUGUUGUUGCUCUGAUGGCAAAUGUGGGGGCUUUUAUGGCGGGGCUUCCCUUCAGCACCAUUGCCAAACAACACAGCUGGGACAUGGCCUUCUGGGUAGCCGAGGUGAUAAUGGCCGCCGCCACCAUUGGCUUCUUCUUCGCACGCAACAUGCGCACCAAAAUGGGACGGAUCGCAGUGAAAAUGGACUAAUGUGUCCUCCUGAAAGUGAGCCGACUGUUGAUGUCUCGUCAUGUGACGAGACGGACUGUGUUCUCGCACUGUUGACGGUUCGGUGUACAGAAUACUGCACAUUAACACAACCAUCAGUUUGACCAAACAGGACCACUGUCACACAGACUAAUCGCCAACAUUUUGUUUCUAAUUAAUUGGGUUGAUGUACUGUAGAUGCUCAGGGUGGGUGUGAGUCAUUUAACAACUUUAGAUUCACAAGCAGGUACUUUUGACACACACACUUAGAUUUUUCUUGUUUAUCCGCACAACGAUAGUAGAUGAUAAUUAUUUAUCACAAGAUAGUCUGGCUACCACACGUACAUUUUGGGAUAGGAGAAAAAAAUAAAACACUCUGGGUUGUCUGCAAAACCUUCUCAGGAAGGAACUUUGUUCUGGUGGAACAUUUGCACCCCGCAAAAGAAAACGCCACAUACAAUAUUACAUGAAGUUAACUGCCGACACAAUACAGUAACGUGAGCUAUUGAAAUUAGCUGGAUACAUGGUUUAAAGUCAUCUGCUCAUUCUCCCACAGCAUUCCCACCAAUAAGUCCCAAAACCUCCCAGUUAGAGCGGAAAUGCCGUCAACAUAUUCUUUGUAAAUCUUUACAGUCAUUUCCCGAAAGAACCACGCAGGCCUGCCGUGUUGCACCAUCCAAAUUUCCAUCCAAACUUGCCAUUUUUCAGCCCGUAACGUUAGCGUGAUAGCUCGGAGGGUCUUUCUCGUUGUGAAGUAUGAUCUCCCGUUGAUCCAGACUAAUCACGAGCUUCACAGCAAUCCCAAACACUUGAAUGCUUCCACUUCAUCCUAGAGGCAGUUUUUCAUGUAGAGACAUUUUCAAUCGGCCGUAUGCUAAAAAGAACACGGACAUGAACAUAUGUAGAGGUUCGAGUGGAUUUUGUUGAGAUAAAGUAGGUGCGUGCUGCUCAUAGACCUUUUUUUAACGGCAGAGAGUAGGAAAAGCACAGGUGUAUUCAAAAGCAUUAAUGAUGGCUGCAAUCCACUUAGGGGAGGCCCUGGUAUUGUUCAUGCUGACUCACUGAAAUAGCUUAC